AUGAGGUCAGUUAGAACCGUACUCUCCAAAGGCCGUCCGCUCUCGAUCCUAGUCCUGGCGCUGCUCCUGCUUGAUUCUCUUGGCGAGGAUUUAAUUUUUCACCCUGAGUGGGGGUUUGACUCGUAUGAAAUCACCAUCCCCAAGAAGCUGAGCUUCCUGGGAGGGGAGCAGGCUGUGGCCAAAUACGUGUCCUACCGCCUGCAGGUAAAAGGCGAGAAGCAUGUCCUCCACCUGUGGCCUAAGAGGUUUCUAUUGCCCAGAAAUCUGCAGGUUUUCUCCUUCACAGAAGAGGGGGAUCUGCUGGAGGAUCACCCUUAUAUACCCGGGGACUGCAACUAUAUGGGCUUCGUUGAAGAAACUCAGGAUUCUGAAGCUACCUUAAGUACAUGCAUGGGGGGUCUCCGAGGCAUAUUGAAAAUUGAUGCCAAACACUACCAAAUCGAGCCCCUCAAGGACUCUUCCGGUUUUGAACAUGUCGUAUAUCUUCUGAAGAAAGAAGAGGAAUUUCGCAGUCAGUCCUGUGGCUCAGCUGAUGAUGAACUAGAAUGGCCGAUGACCCAGCAUGAGAAUAUGGCUCGGCUUAGGGACGUUUCUGAAGCCCAUAAGCAAAAAAAGUACCUUGAAUUAAGCCUGGUCUUUGAGCAUCGUAGAUAUUUGUACUCCAAUUCCAAUCUUACUCGAGUCAUAAAUGAUGCCGUUCUUAUGACUGGGAUUAUGGACACUUACUUUCAAGAAUUCCAUAUGAGAAUACUACUGAAAGGUCUUGAAGUAUGGACAAAUGAAAACAAAAUGGUGGUUACUUUUCCAAUGAUACAGCAGGUUUUAGGCCAAUUUCUGAUAUACAGAAAUAAACUCAGUGCCCGGCUUCCAUCAGAUUGGGCACAUCUAUACCUUAAAGGAGAAUAUGUCGAUUAUCUUGCACAGUCCUGGGGAAGAGUGUGUAGUAAGGCAUAUAGUGGAUCCGUAAGUGUCUUUCCAGAUAUAAAUGUCCUUGGACCUGCCACCUGGAGUGCUCAUUGCCUGGGCCAUAGUGUGGGAAUGCGCCAUGAUGAUGAAUACUGUCAAUGUAAGGGCAAGCGUAGUUGUAUCAUGGGCACGGGACGAACUGGGUUUAGUAAUUGUAGUUAUGCAAGUUAUUUUGGUCACAUACAGUCAGCAGCAACGUGUCUAAAUGAUAUCCCAGGACUAGGUUAUGUGGUUAAGAGAUAUGGAAACAAAAUUGUGGAAGAGAAUGUGGAAUGUGAUUGUGGUUCAAGAGAGGACUGUAAAAAAGACCAGUGUUGUCAACCAGAUUGUAAAUUGAAACAUGGUGUCAAUUGUAGCUUUGGACUUUGCUGUCAUAACUGUCACUUUUGUCCAUCUGGGUACGUGUGUCGGAAGGAAGAAAAUGAAUGUGACCUGGCAGAGUACUGCGAUGGGACAUCAGGUCUCUGCCCAAAUGACACUUACAAGCAGGAUGGAACAAGCCCGUUGUUUAGAAAGGAGUGCCAAUCCAGAUAUAUGCAGUGCCAAAGGAUUUUUGGACCUGAUGCCAGGGAGGCUCCCAGUCAGUGCUAUGAUGCAGUUAAUGUAAUAGGUGAUCAAUAUGGGAACUGUGGUAUUAUAGGAGUUGGUGAGUAUGAACAGUGUACUACGGAAAAUGCAAUAUGUGGCAGGCUGCAGUGUAUCAAUGUCAAAACCAUCCCUGAAAUGCCAGAGCAUACUACUAUCAUUUCUACUCAUUUGCAAGAGGAAAAUCUCAGGUGCUGGGGUCUAGGCUAUCAUCUAGCCAAGGUCCCCUUUGGGCUACCUGACAUGGGUGUGAUAAAUGAUGGUACCUCCUGUGGUCAUAAUCGGAUAUGUGUUAAUAAAACCUGUGUGAAUAGCUCAUUCCUGGAGUUUGACUGUUUGCCUGAGAAGUGCAACCACCGAGGUGUUUGCAACAAUAACAGAAACUGCCACUGCAUGUAUGGCUGGGCCCCUCCAUUGUGUGAGGAGGUAGGGUAUGGAGGAAGCAUUGACAGUGGGCCACCGGGACCGCUAAAAGUACAGGUGCCCACAACAGUUCAGGCUCUGUUCAUUAUGUUAAUACGCCUUGUUCUCUUUGCCAUCUCAGUGAUUCUUGUGUUUUUCAAGCGAUUGAUAGGAAAUUGUUUAAAACCCAAACAGGAACAAACACCACUAAUUAACACUGGAGUUAGAAAAUCCAAGGCAAAGAAAGUCAAGAAACCAAAAGAGUAA